GACUGAACUAAAGCAUAAAGAUUUAGAGAUUCAACUUCAAAAUAAGGAAAAAGAAUUACAGGCUGAAAUUGAUAGUCUGAUAUCUGAAGUGAAAACAACUACAGAAGAGAAAUUGAAUCUAGAGAAUACACUGGCCACGUUUAAGAAAGAGAUGGAAUUAGAAAGAGACGCUGUGAAAGAAAGGGAAGAGAAAUCGGAAAGAGAUAUUAAAAAGCUUCAAGAUAGCGUUCGAAACAAAGAGGCUGAACUUACACAGAACUUGACCAUGAUUCUGGAAUUAAGGAAUGAAAAGGGUCGUCUGCAGCAGAGCAUCCAGGAUAUGCAGCAGACGUUAGACAAUGUGCAGAAGGAGCUAUCAGGCCGGCGCUGGCCGCCCGCUAAAGAGCGCUAUGUCCCUGAACACGAUGAUAACGCUGUCAUGAUGACACCCUCUCACACGAAAGUAACAAGAAAAGAAAAGUCCGGGAUAAGGCUGGAGUUAAUUCCGCCCUCAGUGACCACCGCACCAACCGCACCCGAAGCAGCUAUAAGUCCAGAUAGCUUACUUAAUGCGUUCACCGACUAUAGCUCCGAUGACGAAAAUCUACGUAAAGGCAAGACAGUGAAGCGCUGCUUUGCUGCACUGUCUCGCGGCGAGACAGUGUCGCGUGCGUUACUCGACUCGUUGAAACAACGAAACAAUCGAAACGACAGCAACAUGCAAACUGAAGAGCAACAAACGCAACAAGAGAAUUUGUCUGUGAAGGAGAAUCCUGGUAAAACUAGACCUCGAAAGUUCUUCAAGCAUAAGAGGUUGGAAACAAAGAAAUAAAACAUUUUUGUUUUAAUACUUAUUUUUAUCUUUUUUUGCUAAAAUUCUGGAAUUUCCCUAUACUCUAACUUUUGAAAUUCAAAUAGUAGCCCAACAAAAUAUUAUCAACUGAUCUUUUUAAGGACAAUCUUUCACUUUUGUUGUUUUUCUUUGCUAGGUGCAAAAUUAGCGUAACAAGUACAUAGUUCUAACUUAUAAGU